GAAAGGAUUGUUAGGUGAAUUCUGUCUUCUCUGAAGUGGUUGUGGCGACCUCAUCCAGCAGGCUGGGAGUGCCAUCAGGAUGCCUGAACUGGAAAACUUUGCCGACCUGAGGGGUCCUAGAGGCCCUGAGCUUAGCCCAAAUGGUCCAGCAGACCCACUACGGAUUCAGCACAGCAUCCUGGAUGAACAGGUGGAACUGUGGUGGUUCAGAGAUCCUGGGAAGUCUUUGCUCUGCUACUGUGUGGCUGUACUUCUAAUUCUGGGCUGCGGGCUCGGCGGGGUCGGCCUUCUCUCGACCACCACCAGUGUCUCAAGCGAAUGGCGGCUGGGCGUAGGCACGACCCUCUGCCUGCUAGCCCUAGGGGUCCUGCUCAAACAACUGCUCAGCUCGGCCGUGCAGGACAUGAAUUGCGUUCGGAGCCGACAGCGGAUCAAUAUGCUAAAAAGUGGCGGUUUAUCUGACCUGCUUGUGGUUUUGGUUACAGGGCUGUCACUGUUGAUUUGUGGAGGGGUUCUACUACGCCUGGCCCUGGCCAACCACAUGCCAAAGCCUGGCCAAGCCCUUAAUGACAUGUACGUCUCUGGAGUGGUUUUGCUAGCUGGAGGGGGGGCUGCAGUUGUGGGAGUUGGAAUAUACUCUGUUGUGGUCAUCCUGCUUGAGAGGACAAGGCACGGACGGAGGUUGGUGGACCGGGUUUUGAAUAUUUUCACUGUUUCUGGACACAUGGAUCGUCAGGCUCGCAGAGAGACUACCUCCAGCCUGGCUAAUCUCAUAUGAGACACCACGCUAAGACUGUGUAUAUUGGCAGCAUGCUCUUCAUGUCAGAACAUUUAGCCUCAACUAAAUCAUAGCAGGCUUUUUUGCCAAAUUAUUACAAGGAAAAUGAUUAAAACAAGAUUCAUCCCUUACAUGCUUCAGCUUUGUCACAAGCUGAUUAGACUGUGUGUGAGGCAAAAUGAGCUGAUCAUUAAAUAUCUUCUUGCAUUAAGUGAUCUAUCACAAAGCCAGGAUAAUAGUAUUGAAGAGUAAAACAUUGAAGAAGAAUAAAUACAUGGCUAUGCUCACAAUACAAAUGAAAAUAUCCCUAUUUAUAUUUAUUUCUCAACAUGUGACAAAUUCAGAUGCUGUGGCAUGAAUGUCACUUGAUUCAAGUUCUGUAAAUCUUAUUUAUUAUUUGGCUUCUUAUCUUCAAACUUCAUAUUCAAACUGUACAAAUGCCAAAAAGUUGUUGCCUGUGGCGGUUUGGCAGAGGGAGUGUUAGUAUGCAGGACACAAAAAAAUAAGUUUUGAAGAAGUUGACUCAAGUGGUAUUUCUGGGGAUUCAGAAAUGAAAAGCACAUAUCAGCUGAAACAUCUUAAACUUAAGGGAGAGGUAUUGGCUUAUAAACAGAAGUGAACUGUUUUAUUGUUAUCAGAUUGGUGCAGCCGUGUGAUGUGAGCAUAGCCUACAAUAAAAUGGUAAUUUGGUUUAUAUAAAGCUCUUCUACACAGAUGGUGAUCAUUCAAAAAGUUGUGAGACUUCACGCAUGAAGACACAGAUACCUUGUCAAGUUGACACAAGAGAACGAUUAGAGGGAUCAUCUUUAAAUUGUACUGUCACACAUCCAUGAUAUGUUAUAAUACGUAUCCUGUAAAAGUGCCCUUGGGCUACACACCUGACCACUACCAUCUCAGUCAUUGUAAAAAAAAGAUGGAUAAAGGCUAAAAUGUAAAUUGGAGAAUGAGUGAAUGGGUGAUAGAUGGGACAUGAAUGAAUAUAUGAAAAAACAAUAUUUUAUAAAAUGUCUUUAUGGUUCAUGCACCACCCUGACUCUGUUCAUGUUCACAUGAAGAUAGGAAAAUAAUCUGCUGACAAGUUCGAGGGAUUUGAGGAUGGUCAAUAGCUCAGUGAAGCUAAACUCCAGCUAAUUGGAAUGACUUCUCCCAGUGAUCUCAUAUCUUUCCUCCCCAAAAUAAUAAUUAACCAUUACACAUGCACUAGCCUACAGGGCUAUGUUGUUUGUGAGAGACAUUGUUGAAUCUUCACUGUAACUUUUUGCUGCCUGAACACAAUAUAUGAGACAAUAUGAUUGUUGAAGAAUUAUAUCACAGCACUUAAGAAUGUAUGGAUAAUGUGUGUUUUUGUGCAGCAACACAGUAUUAAUCUUGUUUUGCUCAAACCUGCUUUCAUCUAUUUUUGAUAUUAAUACUGA